CAUACUGCGCUAGUUACGCAGCAUUCCGUAGCGACGUACACACGUGCACCUCGCUGCUUCCAGAUCACAGUUUUUCAUUCCCACCGUCAUCCUCGCGCUCCAGAAUCAGUCCCUGACAACAGCAGCGAUGGCGGAGCCCGUAGCAUCGGAUGCGGCGGCCGCAACGGACGCAACUGAAUCAGUAGUAGCUGCAGCAUUCCCGGGCCUCUCUCCAGCAGCCAGCCCGGGCUCGGAGCCCCACUCUAUGGCUCUGUCUCCCACAACGGACGGCUCCCAGCGGCUGCUCUUCUCCCACGACCUGGUCUCCGGGCGGUAUCGCGGCUCUGUCCGGUUUGGCCUCGUAAGGAUGAUCCACGGCGAGGAGGAUUUUAACUCAGACUCGGACCUCGACGAUGGCGGAGGGAGAGGCGGUGGUGGCGGAGGUGAAGGCGGCGGAGGCGGAGGCGGUGGAGGAGGAAGAGUCGCGUGUGGUUCGGACACUGAGAGCGCUGUAGACUCCCCAAGUCGGCCUCUCGGUAGGGGAUUUGUCCGCGUCCAGUGGUACCCUGAAGGAGGAAAGCAGGAUAUCAAAGAGACAAAGCUGACACUUGAAGAUCGGUCCAUAGUCAUCAGAGACAUCGUGCGACGAAACAACUCUCAUGACAACCAGUGUGGUAUCGUUACCAACAUCGACAUCGAGUGUGCGGUGAAACUUGUGGGAACAAACUGUGUUCUGUAUCCGGUCAACAGCAAAGACCUGCAGCACAUCUGGUCUUUCAUGUAUGGUGACUACAUCGCCUACGACUUCUGGCUGGGGAAAGUGUAUGACCUGACUAAUCACAUCAUCCUGAAGCUCUCUAACGGGGCCAGGUGCUCCAUGAGUGUUGAGGAUGGUGCCAAGCUUUACGACGUCUGCCCUCACGUCAGUGAUUCGGGUCUGUUCUUCGAUGAAGCGUAUGGUUUCUACCCAGGUCAGGUUCUGAUUGGACCUGCCAAAGUCUUCUCUAAUGUACAGUGGCUGUCAGGGGUCAAACCUGUCCUCAGCAGGAAGUGCAAGUUCAGGGUGGUGGUAGAAGAGGUUAAAGUGGUUGAGCUGAAGGUGACGUGGAUCACAAAGAGCUACUCUCCCAAAGGUUCAGAUAGUGUCUAUCCUCCUGCCUCCACCAUCACGCAGGAAAAUCUCUGCAGGGUGAGGCGUCUAGGAUUCUAUGAUCACACCCAGAGGCAGCUGGGAGAGAGAGCUCUUUAUAUUUUCCCUGCAAAGGGGGAUGCUACACGCAUCACCUGUGAGGGACCCGAAGGUGCCCCGGUCCUGCCUGAAGACCCUGUGGUAAGAAAGUUAAAAAGGAUGUUCAAGAAGGAUUCAGGGAAGAAGACAGAAAACGCCGACACACAAGGCGAGCACAAACCUGAGCAGACAGACUCAUCUCAUCCCAAAAACAACGGUCCCAUCCAGAAUCCUCAGGACUCCCAAAACAUCAACGACACCUCGGCAGAACAUGGAGAGCAGGACGCUGACGACGAGGCUGCAGAAGACACUGAUGACACCAGCUCUCUGACAUCAUCAGCUAGCUCCACAGCCUCCUCUCAGAGCGGCGGCCUGGGGACCAAUCGGAAGAAGAGCAUUCCCCUGUCCAUCCGUAAUCUGAAGAGGAAGCAUAAGAAGAAGAGGACAAAGUUUUCCAGAGAGUUCAAGCCUGGAGACCGGGUCGCAGUGGAAGUUGUCUCCACAAAGACCACAGCGGAUGUGAUGUGGAAGGACGGGCAUGUGGAGAAAGGGUUCCGAUCAAACGACCUCAUCCCAAUCCAGCACUUGGACAGCCAUGAGUUUUGUCCAGGGGACUUUGUAGUUGACAAACGACCCCUAGCUCUCCAGGACCCAGGAGUGUACGGCGUUAUCCAGUCUGGUGAUCACAAAGGCAGAACAUGUGUUGUCAAGUGGAUCAAACUCAACUCCAGCAGUGAUGACGUGGAGGUUAUCGGUAUGGAGGAGGAUGUCAGCGUGUAUGACAUCGCAGAUCACCCAGAUUUCCACUUCCGCACUACCGACAUCGUCAUCAGAAUAUGGAACUCAGAGAAUGGACACAACGACUGCGAGAAUGAGACGUCUGUCGGUCAGGUGUCGAGGGUGGAUGUGAGCAGCAAAGUUGAGGUAGUGUGGGCCGAUAACUCCAUGACCAUCGUCCUGCCACAGCAUCUGUACAGCGUGGAGUCAGAGAUCGAGGAGACUGACUACGACUCGGUGGAGGAGACGAGCAGCGGGCUGUCUACCGAGGAGUGGGAGGACGAGAGUGACAGCUGGGAGACAGAUAACGGCCUCACCACCGAGGACGACAGCCAUGCCAACAACGCAGAUGCCACCAACACGGUGACCCCAACGCCCACACCCACUGGCUCCUCAACGUUCAUCAUCCCGCCUGCAGAGGGCAGCAAAGCAGGGCUCACCAGCCCCACUAGAGGAGGCCCAGGAGAGGAGGCGGAGGCGUCUGUGGCUGCUGCUAGUCCUGCCUCUGGAGGAGGAACCACUCCAGGAGCAGUCAAUGGAGCGGAUAAGCCGAGCAAAGACGGCGCCUCUCGAGGCUUCAGGGAGUUAAAGGAGGCCUUAAAGAUACUGGAGAGCCUGAAGAACAUGACGGUGGAGCAGCUCUGGACCGGCGGUUCUCCCACCUCCCCAACUUCUGCCGAACCUGCUUCAACAACUCACGUAGCACCUUCAGUGACGCCAACAGCCCCAGAGAAACCCACCAAGGAGAAACGGUUCCUGGAUGACCUCAAGAAGCUGCAGGAGAACCUGAGGAAGACGCUGGACAACGUGGCCAUAGUGGAGGAGGAGAAGAUGGAGGCUGUGGUGGAGGCAGGUGGGAGCGCAGGAGCAGGGACAGAGGCAGAGAGAGCUGGAGAGGAGAAGCCCCAGCAGGAGCCGCAGACGCCUGUUGGGGGACAAGAGUGGCCCAGCGAGUUUCUCAGUGACACACCAGUACUUUGCCAACAGAGCGGCGGCAAGCCUGGCGUCACCUUCACCAGUGCCAAGGGAGAGGUGUUCUCUGUGCUGGAGUGGGCACCAGACACACACUCAUUUAAGAAAAUGGAGUUCCAGCCAGCAGAGGCGAAGAAGUUCUUCAGCACAGUGAGGAAGGAAAUGGCUCUGCUAGCAACGUCACUGCCAGACGGCAUCAUGGUCAAAACAUUUGAAGAUCGCAUGGACCUGCUCUCAGCUCUGAUCAAAGGGCCGACUCGCACGCCCUACGAGGAUGGUCUCUUCCUGUUUGACAUCCAGCUGCCAAACAUCUACCCUGCUGUGCCACCUCUGUUCCGCUACCUGUCGCAGUGCAGCGGCCGCCUCAACCCCAACCUCUAUGACAAUGGCAAAGUCUGCGUCAGUCUGCUGGGCACCUGGAUCGGGAAGGGCACUGAGAGGUGGACCAGCAAGUCCAGUCUGCUGCAAGUCCUCAUCUCAAUACAAGGUCUCAUCCUUGUGAACGAGCCGUACUACAACGAGGCUGGCUUCGACAGCGACCGAGGUCUACAGGAGGGAUACGAGAACAGCCGCUGCUACAACGAGAUGGCCCUGAUCAAGAUGGUCCAGUCCAUGACGCAGCUCCUCCAGAACCCUAUCGAGGUUUUCAAACAGGAGAUCCAGGAGCACUUUUCCUCUAAUGGCUGGCGGCUCGUCCACAGACUGGACGUGUGGCUUGAGCUGAACGAGGCUGCUGAGAGGGGUCACGCUGCACACGUGACCUGCAGACACUCAAAAGACAGACAGCAUUCCGUGGAGCCUCUGGAUGAGCAGCUGCCCCUGGGAUCAGGGCCUGUGGCGGUGGCCCACAGCAGCCCCAGUAAGCCUGGAGAGGAGGGGGUGUCAGGAGUUAGCAGUAUUAUGGAGGAGGACUUAGAGGAUUCAGGUCUGAGUCCUUCUACUGUAGCGGCCUCUCAGCAGGAGCUGAGCCAGAACUCAGACUGUGAGAGCACCCAGGGGAACGCCACUGUGGGUGCUGAGAACAGAGGUGGCUCAGCUUUCCCUGGCUCUGUCGUUCGCAGCGGGAUGUCAGAAUCAGGUUCAGUGAGCGGCGGAGGGGCAGGCUCCACAGGAAGCCAGCCAGUGGUGCGACCAAAGAAACGGAGAAAGAGUUACAGGAGCUUCCUCCCGGAGGGCAGCGGCUACCCGGAUAUCGGCUUCCCGCUCUUCCCGCUCUCUAAAGGCUUUGUGAAGAGCGUUAGAGGAGUCCUGCUGCAGUACCGAGCUGCGCUGGCCGCCGCUGGCAUCACUGAGCAGAUAGAGGACAAUUUCUCUGCAGACGAGUGUGACGGAUAAACAGAGAGUCAAGUCAUCUGUUCGCGGACACAGGUAAACACAAGGAGCUCUUUGAAGACAGUCAAAAGUUUGUCUUUUGGCCACAGCAGGACUCUGACAUUCAGUGGAGGUGGUGUGGACUGUGAGGAGGAAUUAGUGCCAUGUUCCUCCACCCUCCUCAUCCACCUUGCCUCCAGCAGCCUCCGCAGUACAGGCGUGGAUUUUUCUGGAAAACCACUCUGCCGUCUUAAAUUGUGGAGGAGGCUCGUUAUCGUUGAUGCUUUUUGGAUGAGGUCAAAGAUGGCUGGAAAAAACUGCAAACUCGUGGCUAUCUGUAGCACUACUGAUACUAGCGCUGUACCAUCCUGCACUACAACAUGGACAGACAACACAGCCUGUCAGUCACCUGACCAGGGGGGUUGUGUUUUAAAUAGAAGUCACAGGUUGUUACGCUUUCUGCCAAAUUCUCCCUGUCCUCAAACACAUUAAUAUUCAUGUAGAACAUACUGAAUGUCAGUACAACUGCCAAACACAACAGCUUCAGUACUUCUUCCUCUGCACUUGCUGGUAUCUUUCUUCAUCAAUCACUCACGCAGCAAACACUGAGUGACAAAGUUUACAUCUGAAUCACCUCUGGAGCUCGGACAGCCGGAGCUGUGGAGUGUAGAGAAGCCAGUUAGGCACAGUGUGACCGUCAGGUGACUGUGUGUCAGGGUGUUCAUGGUCUAAAUGAAGCUCAACACGUCUGCUUCCUCCACAUACAAAAGCUCUGCUCACUUUCUGUAGAAUUUAGUCCAGGUAGUUUGAUCACCAAAAUGGAACUCAUGCGUUGGUGUUUUGAAGUCGUUUUAAUUCACAGAGGCUCAACUGUAGGUUUCAGAGUGCAACUUUCCCCACCAUGAUCCACUCGUUUGAACCCACCUCACUGCAAAUGACACAAUUUAAAAUAUAAAUAAAGGAAAAAAAAAUCUGCGUCCAUUCCGUCAUCUAUUGUCAACAUGUUGCCUUACUUGAAUUGUUCUUAAUGAUCUCAGACCAUUGUGUACAGAGCUGCUUCAUCACGCUUUAAACAUAAACAUGCAGACCCAGAGACACUCUGUAGACCACCAAAACCCUUGCUCUGUUGUUGUCAUCUUUAAUAGUGCAGAUCUCUGAUCACACUCUCAGUCUGUCAGUUCAGAAUCAUGAGAUGGAUUUUGCCUCCAAAAUGCUUAUGUUAAAAAAUCACCAAACAUCAGUGUUUGACGCUGAAGGUUUUUUGACAUUCAAAUUUGUAUUUUCUGUUUUAUCAUAUUUCUCCUGACGUUAACAUCUUUGAAAAGGAGAUCCCACUUAAGAAAUCAUCUACAGCACGCAGACUAAUGGAAAACCCUUUCUCUCAAUGGCAUGAAUUCAGUCUGGUGACCGUGAAAGUGUGACUGUGAUGUAAAGAACUAUGAACUCACCUUUUGGUGCUUCCUGGGGUUAUCAGAGCGGUCUUUGUUUACAUCUUUUUAAAUAAUUGCAUCCCACAUCUAACAUGCUGUUCUUUCUCUUAACACAUUAUAAUCCCUAUUGUAAUAAAGAUAAUUAUUACUGAAAUACAGGUCAGAUGGACUCCAUUGUGCUUGGUAAAGAGAGUUUGCUUGUCUGGUGUUUUACUUGAACAAAGAUGCUGAAGAGUGUUGAACACACUGUGCCAUGUGGAGCUUUGAAUGCUGGGAGAGGAUGAAAACCAAGAGCCAGGAGCUGCUGUGUUUUGAAUAAGAAGAGGCGCAGAAUCAGGGUAUUUUGUUUUGUCUUCCCUUAAAAAAAAAGUCAUUCCUGUACCAAAUGUGGCAAUCAGGCAUCCAUGACACUUUAUCCUCUUCCUGGUUUGUACUCCGCUGUCAUUAUUUUGCUGCCUUUAAAUAUACAGAGGAUGAUGAUGAUGUCUUUGCUUUUGUUUGCUUCUUGUCCUUUUUUUUCUGCUGUUUUGUAAAACCUCAUCUUCACAAUUCUUUCAGUAGAAGUGUGUUUUCAGUUUUUUUGAUUGGGUAUGGUUGCUCAUUUUUUUGGACACAUAUCUUCAGUGAGAGUUGGAAGAUGACGUUGAAGCUCUAUUUCUCAUCCUCUUUCUCAUCUGUAUACAGUCGCAGAAACAGAAAAUGUGAAGUUAUCUCGCUGGAUGUGGAAGCAAACGCAUCCAGCAGGGUAUCCGGCACAUGACCCUAUGUACAAUUUUCUGUGUAUGUGUGUAUAUUAUUCAGAUUGAAACCAUUAUUAUUAAAAUUAAGAUUAUUAUUACUGCGAGGAGUUUGUUCUACAGCCAAAGCAUGUAACAUGUUGCUUUAAGCCUUUUGAAUGGGCUACACACAAGACUUGACUGUACGAUGUCUACAUUUCCACAGUGGCCUGUUAUUGAUAUAUUAAAAAAGAACUAAUAAAGUUAUGAUUUGUAGCCUGA